CUCCGCCAGCCGUACCCCGAGCGCGGCGGCGGCUGGCGAGGAAGGACCUGGCCCGCUGGCCCCCGGGAAGCCGCGCAGGGGAGGGCCGGGAGGAGCGGCUCAGAUAAGGCAUCGGUAGCAGCGGCUUGCGGAGCCCUAUGUCUCCGGGCAGCCGCGGGUCGCUCCCGGGGCUCGGCAGGUCCCGGCGGCUGCUGCUCGCAGGCCUGGCUGUUGUUUUCUGCAUUGAAGCAGUCCUGGGGCAAAAAAUGUGUCCUAAGGCAAUGGAGAACUAUGUGGCAUCAAUGGUGUUAAGCGCAGUUGGUGACACGCUGGGCUAUCACAACGGGCGAUGGGAGUUCCUGCAGAGUGGCCCAGCUAUCCACAAGGAGCUGGCGGAGAUGGGGGGACUCGGCAACUUCAGCAUCCAAGGUUGGAAAGUCAGCGAUGAUACAGUGAUGCACUUGGCCACAGCCGAAGCCCUAGUAGCUGCCGGGAAAAACCCGAGUUUAGAGGAUCUCUAUUCCCUGCUUGCAAAGAACUACAAGGAGUGUAUGAAUGACAUGGAAGGCAGAGCUCCAGGUGUGAUGUGCAUGAAGAAUGCGCGGAAGCUGGAUCCGGGGCGGCCGGAGGGCUGGAGGAUGCCAUUCAGCCCACGGGCUGGAGGCUGUGGGGCCGCCAUGCGCUCCAUGUGCAUCGGGCUGCGUUUCUCCCGGCCUGCUGAGCUGGACACCCUGGUGCAGGUCAGCAUUGAGAGUGGCCGGAUGACCCACCACCAUCCCACUGGCUACCUGGGGUCUCUGGCCUCGGCCCUCUUCACAGCCUAUGCGCUGAACGGUGUGCCUGCCCCGGCCUGGGGAAAGGGCCUGAUGGAGGUGCUGCCGCGGGCAAAGGCCUACGUGCGAGACGCCGGCUUCUUCGUGGAGGAGAACAUGGGGCAAUGGCACUACUUUGAAGAGCAGUGGGAAAAAUACCUGGUGGAGAGAGGCAUAGUGGAUGGCGUCUCACUGCCCACCUUCCCCCCAAGCUAUGGCGUGGAAGAGAGAGACUCGUUCUACACCUCCCUCAGCUAUGAUGGCUGGGGGGGCAGCAGUGGGCACGACGCGCCCAUGAUCGCGUACGACGCGGUGCUGGGCGCGGGGGACUCCUGGGCAGAGCUGGCUCACCGUGCCUUCUUCCAUGGCGGCGACAGCGACUCCACUGCCACCAUUGCAGCCUGCUGGUGGGGGGCCCAGCAUGGCUUCCGUGGCGUCCAUGCCUCACUGUACGCCCACCUCGAGUACAGGGACCGCCUGGAGCGGGUGGCCAAGGGCCUGUACCACAUCGCCUAGCAGGGGAGGGGGUUGAAGGGUGCCCCAGGGGAGCCCUUUAAAAACUUGUCUUGCAGUAAAGCAUGUAAGCGUGGGCCAGGCCCCCUUCUCCUGCUUGUGUGUGUUGGGCUUCUGCGGGGAGGCUGUUUUGGAGCUAGCAGUUUGGGGCUUGCGGGUGGGGGAAGCACUUACAAGGGGGUUUGAGGAUAGCACACAGUGGUCCCUUGAGCUGUCAAGCUGUGA